ACAUCAUUCACCACCAGUCUUUCCUUUCUUUCACUCGCCCUCACUUUCACCAGUGAAGAAGCUGACGGAUGGCUGCGACCUCUCCCAUCCGAUAACUUCCUUCUCCAUUAUUUGACGAUCUUUUUAUCAACUGUGCUUGAACAACGAAGCGAUAUGCGAUAGUCUGAGUGAGAUCUAGGAACCGCGACAUCAAGAUCUCCCGCCUAGGCGGCACCCACCUCUCUUCCACUCACAUCCCCUUCGCUUUACUUGUCUGACAGGAGCCAUAUUUGAUCCACCAUGGAUCUUGCCAACACUUUAAUCCGAACGGUGGCCCGCUCCUUCUACGAGACUCGCCACAUCCUUGUGAUCGAUGCGCUUUUCAUUCAUUCGGUUCUCCAUGCGGAGGACCUCGCUUUCCUCCUCGGAAUGCAGCAGAAAGACCUGCGGAAACUAUGCGCCAAGCUGCGCGAAGACCGUCUGAUCGCAGUUAAUACACGAGCUGAGAUUCGCGAUGGAUCAACUCGACCCGUCAACCGUGAAUAUUACUAUAUCCCGUUGCACCCCGUCGUCGACGCCAUCAAGUUCAAAGUCUCCAAGUUGACCUCAACGAUUAAAUUGCAAUAUACACCGAGCCAAGAAAGAAAGGAAUAUAUUUGCUUGCGAUGCGGGACUGAGUGGACGGAGCUGGAUGUCUUGAGUCUUUACUCGGAUGAAGGAUUCGAGUGCCAGAACUGCGGAGCUAUUCUUGAGCGUACGGAAGAUGUCAAGGGCAGCGAGGGAAUUGACCGCACAGGCCACGAGAAGAACAGCAAGCUUAUGGCACAGCUGGAUGGAAUGCUGAAACUGCUAAAGCAGAUCGACUCCGUUGAGAUUCCUCCAAAUGACUUCGACACCGCUUGGGAUCAUAAGAUUGAUGUUAUUCGGAACCAGCACACUAACCCUACCCGGGCAGCUAUUGUAGUACCUUCUAAGAAGCAGGAAGCCGUCCGCGGCAACCUCAAGACCGACGCAGGUGCCCUCGAGAUCUCGCUAACCUCGACUGAAGAGAAAUCUGCGGCCGAACAAAAAGAAGAAGCUGCGCGCAAGGCCGCACUGGAGAAACAAAAUGCGCUUCCCGUGUGGCAUACUCACUCGACCGUUUCUACGGGUGCUGGAAAUGCAGGGGCCAUCAAGUCUGAGAAUGACGUCAAAGUCAAGCCCGAGCUCAAGGAGGAGGAGGACCAGAAACCUAAUCUGGUCGACCUCGAUGAUAAGGUCGCAGCGUACUACGCUGAAAUGGAGCGCGAAAAGGCCCUGCAGGCACAAGAAGAUGCCAGUAGUGCGGAAGACGACUCAGACGAGUUUGACGAAUUCGAAGAUGUCGGUGGUGUUUCUGCAAGUGAUACUGCUUCCCCAGCUGUUGGCGGUACAUCUGCGCCAACUAGUGCUCCUGCUGGCAUUAAGCGUGAGCUUGAUACCGACUCCGGUACUAGUGCACCUCAAACAACCACAGGGACGCCGUCGACGCCGGCGGAUGAAGGACCCGCAGCCAAAAAGAUCAAGACCGAGCCCGAGAUUAAGAAAGAGGAAUCUGAUGAAGAUGACGAGGAGUUUGAAGACGUUUAAUUCUCUCCCACUGGGCGCUGGCGCCCAAUAAACAACAUCACUUCAGAAAAUUGUUUCCGCUGUUCUUGGAUUUAUCGAGAGCAGGUCGAUUGAUUAUUUAUAUACUUACGUCCUCUAUGAUUCUUGAUAUGUACAAUCAUGUAAAACAAAUAAUACAAAAUAGAAGCGUUUUUCACCCGCC